UAAUUAGAAGAAUUUGAACGGCUCAGAUUGGACCUCUCUAGCUGCGGCUUAGCUUAAUCUCUUGCCACGUGUAUCCGAUAAUUAUUUAUUUUCUUAAUACUUAACUGCUACGGAAAAGUUGAGAUUAUAGUACAGCUUCCGAAGAACAACGACGCUGCGACGAGAGGGAAUAGCAGAGGAAGACGAAAGAUGAAUGCGCCACCGGAGAACGAAGUUUGUUCGAUAUGCCAUGGCCACUUCAACGCUCCUUGCCAAUCUAAUUGCUCUCACUGGUUCUGCGGAAACUGCAUUAUGCUUGUUUGGAGGCAUGGAUCUACAUUACGGCCAUGCAAAUGUCCCUUGUGUCGUCGUCCGAUUAGUUUGUUAGUUCCUUCUGAGGAAACAGUGAGAAGUCGGAAUGAUGCUACGGUUUCCGAGGUUCUGCACGAUGUUGAAACUUACAACCGAGUCUUUGGUGGACAGUCAAGUGGUCUAAUUCAGAGAAUGCAAGACCUUCCUUUCUUACUCCGAAGGUUGUUGCGAGAAAUGAUGGACCCACGAAGAACGCUUCCACUCGUCAUCAGAGCUCGUGUUUAUAUUGCGUUGAUACUCAGUGCGAUUUACAUAAUCAGCCCAAUAGAUAUCAUUCCGGAAGGAGUCUUGGGGGUUAUCGGUUUACUAGAUGAUCUACUCAUAGCCCUGAUUUGUUUCCUCCAUGUGGCUGCUCUCUACCGAUCCGUUCUCUAUUUCCGUCAUGGUGGUUCGUGAAUCGCUUCGAAAUUUUCACAUCAUUAAUCAUCACAGUUGAAAUACUAAGUAACAUGGUUUACUUGUUUGACCCUUUCUUUUUGACUGUUAGAUUUAGGAGACUUGUUUUGGAUGAUAAAACAAAAUGGUCCAUUCCUU